GAAAAGCAGCCUGAUGCUUCUGUCGCUUCUUCUGUGACAGGAUGGCUGGGGAUGGGAGGAGAACUGGCUGAUGAUGCUGAGAAAAGUAGAGAAGAAGACAUGAAGACCGAUGAUUCUUAUACUUCAACCAUGUCUGGGUGGCUUGGUUUUGGAGGGGAGGAAAAAACAGAUCCCGUCACAGAAAAAGAGCAAGAAGAACAACAAGCAGAUACGUUCAGAAGUAGGAGGAUGUCUCUGGACCUGGAAGGCAGCCAGUUGCAAGAAGAAGAAAAGGAAGAAAUUGGGACAUUGGGUUGGCUAGGAAAUGGACUCUCAAACACGCUGGGGUUUGGGACGACAGAUCAGGAGUCAGGGCAAGAGACAGCGCCUGAAAAAGAGGAUAGGGAAGUCACCAAGGAGAAGGAACAACCAGCGUCAGGUUCUUGGUUGAACAUGGGGAUUGGGGACAUGUUAGGAUACAGGAAAGACGAGAGUGAAGUUGAUAAGAGUGGAGAAGGAAGGUUCAAGGAGACAGAAGAGGACAACAUUUUAGAACAAGAGAAUAACAGUCAAUCUCACAAUGAACUGACAGAUGAGGUAAGGACAGAACCUCGCAACAUUUCAAAGGUUGAAGAAACUCCAAAAGACCAAAAUGUUGGCAGUAAUUCUAAUGAUAUAGGAACCUUAGACAAUAAGUAUGGUGUCUUACCUGAAGCUGCAGAACCUGAAGAUGCAGAGUCUAAGGUUGAUGGAAAAGAUAUUUCUCCAAAGACUAUAAAUAGUAAGGAUAACCAGAUGCCCAAAUCAAUAGAAAGCGGGGUUGAGGGUAGCAAUGGAGAAUUAGGAGAAGAUUUCAAAACUCAAAUUGACACUGAUCAGGAUUUUGUAACCAAACCUGACCUCACUUUAGGGCCUGACUUGAGUUCUGUAGAGUUAAACCUAAACACCACGGGACAGUCUGUAGGCGAGGUUAAGGAGGACACAACAAAGGGUGUGGUCGAGGAAGGGGUCAAGGAAACAAUUCAGAUCAUAAACCCAGAAGAAUCCACCAACACAGUUGAGGCACAUAAUCAUGAAAGAGAAGGGAAUAAGGCAUGGAAGGAUGUACUUGAUUAUUCAGAAUCUUUGAUUAACACUAACAAAGAAACCAAGGAAGAGUUGCAUACUUUGGAAGGCAACCCGAAGGAGAUUGGGUCAUCCCAUUCUAAAAAUAUCAGUACUGAAACUCUGUAUGAAAAUUCCUCAGAUAAGGACAGAAUAACGUUAAACAAAAGUGAGAGCACAACACAGAUGGAAAACAGUGCAGGCAAGGAAACUCCAAAUUUGCAAAAGGGACACGCACAAAGUGAAGGUGAUUCACAAGAGCUGAAGGAAACCGUUAAGGAAAUUGAGAAUAGUGGUGAAAAAAAACCCCAGCCGGUUCAAACUGAGAGAGAAACAUUGGGGGUUGAAGAGAUCAUUCUGAAUGAAAGUGGUCUAAAGUCAGUUAUAGGCCUGGAAACAGACAUUAAGACUGAGGAAGUAGGGGAGUUAACAGCAGAGGGAAAUCAGGACGAGGUAGCAGAGUUAAAGGAAGCCGAAAAACAACAGGAAGUGGUGGAAAUAAAGGAGCAGGGCAAACAGGAGGAAGGAAAAGGGAUACAGAAAGAGGGGGACAAACAGGAAGCGCUGGAGAUACAGAAUGAGGGGAAACAGCAGGAAGUGAAGGAGAAAAAGGAAGAGAGGAAACUGGAGGAAGUGAAGGACAUAAAGGAGGAUUGGGAACAGGAAGUGAAUGAGAUACAGGAAGAGGAAGAACAGCUACAAGUAAAGCAGAUAAAGUUAGAGGGGAAACAGGAGGAAAUUAAGGAGUUACAAGAACAAGAGAAAAAGCAGGAAUUGAAAGGGGUACAGGAAAAAGGGAAGCAGGAAGAAGUGAUGAAGUUAAAGGUAAAGGUGAAACAGGAAGAAACGGAGGGAAAAAAGGAAAAGGAAGAACAGCAACAAGUGAAAGAGGUAAAGCAUGAGGGGAAACAGGAGGAAUUGAAGGAGAUACAGGAUAAGGAGAAACUGGAGGAUUUUAAAGAGAUAAAGGAAGAGGCCAAACAGAAAGAGGAGGAGUUAGAGGAAAAGGCAAAGCAGAGGGAGGAAGAGGAACUAAAGGAAGAGGAAGAACUGGAUGAGAUGCAGAAGAAGAAUAUAAACGAGUUAAAGACAGAUGAGAGGCAGCAAGAUACCGAGGUAGAAGAGGAAAAACACAAAGAAUUGGAAGGGUCAAAAGAAAAUAACGAAAGAGAGGAGUUAGAGAAGAUGGAAGGAGUUAGGGAAAUAAAAAAGAAAGCGGGUGAAGAAACAGCACAGUCUCGGUUUGAGGCUGUGAUUAAAAACAAUGUCCACUCUUUACUUGACACUCAAAGAAACAAUGACAGUCCAGAGAAUGUGGAGGGUGACAUAAGGAAGAAAGAAGAAGAGGGGAGCCUCAAAUGUUUCGAUGAACAUUAUCCUCAAGCUGGUCAAGACGAGUCAGGGCAAGAGACAACCCCUGAAAAAGAGGAUCAGGAGUUAAUCAUGGAGGAGGAACAACUUUUGUCAGAUUCUUGGUUGAACAUGGGGAUUGGGGACAUUUUAAGCUACAGGAAAGAUGAAGCUGAAGUUGAGGAGAGUGGAGAAGAAAAGUUCAAUGAGACAGAAGACAACAACACUUUAGAACAAAACAAUACUAGUCAAUCUCACAACGAACUGAGAGAUGAGGUAAGGAUAGAACCUAGCAUCAAGUCAAGGGUUGAAGAAACUCCGAAAGACCAAUAUGAUGGCAGUGAUUCUAUUGAUAUGGCUACUUUAGACAGUAAGUAUGGUGUCUUACCUGAAGAUGUAGAAUCCAAGGUUGAUGGAAAAUAUGUUUCUCCAAAGACUAUAAAUGGUCAUCAGGAUAGGAGUAGCAACACAGAGUCAGGAGAAGAUUUCAGAUCUAAAAGUGACAUUGAUCAAGAACUUUUAACACAACCUGACCUCACUUUAGGGCCUGACUCGAGCUUUGUGGAGUCAAAUUCGAACACCAUUCAAGAUGGAUCUGUGAGGGCCGAAGAUGGAGAUGUUUCUGCAGAUAGGUUGAUUCAAAUCAAUGAAGGGGCAAUCGAGACAGGAAAGCGAAAUCCGGACUAUGAUCAAAUGUUAGCAGAUAGAACAGUGAGUCUAAAGGCACGAGUCGAAGGCAUGGAGAGAGUUGACUAUGGAAUACAGGAGGAGGUGAGAAGGGAUGAUAAUGGGAAGGAAGAGCAGGAUGAGGCAGAAAUCAUUAGUCUGCUCGAUGUAGGUGAGAGUGGCCAAAGCAGGGUGAAGAGGGAGAUAAAUGUGAAGCAUGAUGAUAUGCAGGGCAACAUUUUUGAUGGUGAUACAGUUGCUUCUGAAGACAGGAAAGACCGAGUAAUCGAGGUUCCAGAUGUUGAGAACCGCAAUAUAAUAUCUGAACAAACUCUUCUGUCUGAUAGUCAGGAUCAAAAAGAAGCCAAGACCGGAAGUGGAGCAGCUUUUGGUCUUUUCAAAAAUGCCUUUAGCUUUUUUAGUGAAGCACCCAUCGCUGAAACCAAAGGAUUCAAAGAAUCCAACCCAAAUUUUGACUCCAACACAGAUGAGAUACCCGAGGAACAAGCAUAUCUUACUCCUGAUCAAGAACUGGAAUCAACCAUUGAUUCAAGACAGGUGCAAGAGUUGCCUUCUCCCAUCACCAUGCAACAACAGCAACUGCAGCCUUCUCUUUCCUCUUCAGAGACAUCACUUCCGUCCCCAGAGAGCCACCUCCAAAAAAAAACCCUCACCAAAUAUUACAAGAACCUCCUCACCUACAUGAGCGACGACGAAACGACUAUUCUCGUGGAGCUCUUUGGGCGACACAAGCUGCAGUUCUUGGAUUACAUCUUGGGAAGCUCGGGAACUGUGAACGAUGACCCGGACAAUGAUGAAUCCAUAUUGCUGGAUAUAGAAAGACUUUUGCUUUAUCACAGAGAGGCGCUGGUCGCUCCUAGCAUGAGGCUUGCAGACGCACCUCAGGAGGAUAAAGAAAAGAUCAAAGCACUCGUCACUCUUCAGAAACUACAAAUGCUUCUGGAAAGUUUGAGAGAGACAUUCAAAUCAGCUGAGGCCAGCUGUGUUGGUGAAUCCUGUUCAACUCGCAGCAAAGAUAAGGAUCAGCCCACUGAGGAAGAUUUCUCUGUAGGCCUGCAUGACAACAGUCCGAGAGAUGAUUGGAUGGACAUAGAUAAAGAGAAUGGAAGACUGAGUGGAGACACAGGAAAUGAGAUGUCAACUGAGGAUGAGAGAAAAACAGAGAAGGGACAAAGAGGCAUAAUGAAGCAAAUUUGGGACUUUGUUCAUCAGAUGGCUGAAGACUCAACCACUCAUAUGCAUGCAGUGAAGGAGCUCCUUGUAGGGCUUACUGUACAGGUUGUAUUGGCACUGCCUGAUGACAUCAGACCUGGGCCAGACUUGUACGGGUUGCCAUGGGAGCCGGUCAUCGUGUCCAUUCUGGUGGGGCUGGUGACGAUGCUGCUGUUCACCUGUAGAUGUUACAGCUCUGUCAAAAGCAGAAUGUAUAGAAGUAGAGAGCGGCGGAUGGGUGAGCAGGUUGUGCAGCUCCUGGAUGAGAAGUGUGAAGUGCUCGAGACUCUCAGCAAAUGUCAACAAGAGUAUGAUGAGGUGGAGAGCUCUCUGAGGGACAGUGGAGUCCUGGCUCAAACUCAGAAGACAGAGAGCUCGAGGUAAGGCAGACAGGAA